AAAGAGUCUGUUCUGGUUUUUCGAUAUUUUAUUUAAAAUAAAAACAAACAUAAUUUUUGAUUGAAAUGUUUCAAUGAAAUAACACGAAAUAAAUUAAAUACCGAUAUAAAAGAUAAAUUGUUUAAAUUCCACUCACAAUGGGUAACUUAAGGAUUUUUACAUCGUUAUUAUUCGCUUUUACGUACUAUUUGCUGUGUAGCUGUAAAUUCCCGGUACAAAAUAAUCGUCAGCUCGGCGAAUCUGCGAGCUCAUUUCCUUACUCCUUAGCUACUCUGAAUCGUCGGCCACAUACUGCCUUCAAUGCGGAUCGAUUUAAUGGACCAGCGCGUCAGAAACGUUCUAAAAAAUUAGACAACUUCGUUGAAUACCCAAGCACCGAAGUGUUUGAUGCACCCCACCCCGGCUUCGACCGAAUACCCUUCAAUGAUUACAAUCGCAUAGUUAGCGCCUUAAAAGAGAUGUUGCGUGCACGCGACGAAAAAACCAUUAUAUUGCGCCCACGGCCUGGGCGUCGUUCGGCGGGCGGUGACUUUCCGUUAUGGCACUAUUUUAUAGAUGAUGCUGACAACAUGGGUCUGGAUGGCUCUGAUACCGCCGCUAUUGUGGGCGAUUCAGUUGACGCACUGGCGGAUACUUCCCUGAAAAAGUCGGCACCAUUCAAACCGCGACUCGGAAAACGUGGCGGAAGUCGAAUAUGCGAAUGAAUUGCUGAUGGCAGUCCAUAGGCCGUCCUGUUGAGGUCGUUGCGCAGUUAGCGCGUCGCAGGUGUGCUCACAUGUAUACAUAAACAUAUAUACA